ACGCCGGUAGUAUAUAUACUCCGGUGAGGGCGAGUCCUUUCAGCAGUAGCUUUUCGUAAAAUCAUUCUCGAUAAGAAUGGCCCGUAUCAUUUCCUGAUCUUUUAUUUUGCUUACGAUGUACAACGCCAUUUUGCAACCUGAACCUGAACCAGUACGAAAAGAUCAAAAACCUUACGCGUGUGCAUCAUUUGCAAUUAGUCGAUCGAACAUGGAAGCUACUUCGAAAAUGUUACUCCUUCUAUUUAUGGUUGCCUUCGAAGUUUUCGCAGUUUCAGCUGCUGAUAGAAUUCCUGUGGCAGAUAGAAGUAAAUAUGAGAUGUAUUUGGAAAAGUUUGAGACCAGUCGUACCCACUACCGACCAGAUGGAAAAGAAAAUUUACAGAAUGCAACCAUUUUCAUGAAGGAGAAGUUUGAAAGUGUAGGAUUAGACGUAGAGUUGCAAAAUUUUACCACAAGUGACACAACAACAGGACAGACUGCUAGUGGCACAAAUGUGAUAGGCAUUCUUAAAGGUCAGUUCUUUGGUACUGCAAGCGAUGAUGCCAUCAUCCUUGGAGCUCAUCUUGAUACACAAGGUCUUCAGCAGUAUGGUGUUAACAAUGACGGUUCUGGUCUCACAGCUCUUCUUACUCUGGCUGAAGAUCUCACAGGAAAGGACAAGUGUGUUCAGAAUCACAGCAUUCUAUUUGUUGCCUUUGAUCGUUCUGAAACAUUUGAUGUGCAACAGGGCAAUGCAGUAUGCAACAAAAGCUGUGGAAGUAAGGCAUUCAUUGAUGGUAUCUCUAAGGUUCUUCAGGGUGGCACAGUCAAGAUUGCAAUCAUUAUGGAUUGUAUAUCAAACUUCAACCUUCAGAAGGACUCCCAAAGAGAAUACAAGCAACCAGUAAAGGAUUAUUUUAGUACAUUUGUUGAAAUGCAGGGGUUGAUUUAUGAAAACAAAGGAAAUUAUCUGGCAGUGAUUGGAAGAGAGGAUGAACAAGAUGCCAUGAGCAAUUAUGUUAAAAUGUUUGAGGAGGUUAGGACAUAUUCACAGUAUGUGCCUGUUGAGUUCAUGUGGAACUUCAAGGGAAAACCCACUGGCCUAAAUUUGACAAAUGUAGAGACAGCAUUUGCAAAGUCAGACACUUUGAGUUUUUGGGAUGCCAACAUCAAGUCUAUACUUUUGACUGACACCUGUUAUCAACGAGACCCUUUGUAUACCUGUAAGACUUCUGUUUGGUGUGACAACUCAGCAAAAGCUUCACUCAACGACAAUCUCGGCUUUGCAUAUUCGACAGCAACUGCAGCCAAAAACCUCACCAAGUAUUAUGCUUGUACAGACAGAGAUGUGAAUGAAUGUGUUCUAGGGAAUGCUGAGUGUUCCAAAGAUGCAACUUGUAAAAAUACCUUUGGGUCUUACGAGUGCAAGUGCAAGGAUGGAUUCACUGGAAAUGGCUUUUCUUGUAAAGACAUAAAUGAAUGUGCAGAGGGAAGCAAAUGUAACAAGGACGCAGUCUGCACCAAUUCCCCAGGUUCAUACCACUGUAAAUGCAAGAUGGGAUUCAGUGGGAAUGGCUUCAAUACUUGUGUUGCCUCUGGGACUGGAACUGCAGCUGCCGUAUUUUUACACGUUGUGAUGCCAAUUGUUGUAGGCCUUCUAGAAUUUACCAUGUAAAGUGUGUCAGGGCACAUAUUUUUUAGACAGGAGGUCAUUAUUUAUUGUCUGAAUAUAUUUUUGCCCACAGAUUUUUAGUUAUUACGUAAACUUACUUCCAAAAUUUUAUCUCACUAUACCUCUAUAAGUUACAGGCGUGUACAAAUUCAUUUUUUGGUGGUUUAUUUUACUUUUUAUUGUAAUUUAUUCAUUUCCUUUAGCUUUUAUUUUAAGCUGUUUUAUCUCUCUCAUUCCGUGGAAAAAGCAAGAGUUUUAAUUUAGAAUAUGAAUUGAAACCUGUUGUGAGUGUGGUCUCUAAGGCAUUGAAUUAAAGAAUUUUGGUUUUUCAACA